AUGGGCUGCGCAGCCGCCUCGAAGGUCCAUCCACAGGAGCAUGCGGCACUCGUGGGCAAGAGAUGCAGGGGUGCGCAGACGGUCCGCUUCGACGACGUGAGCAUUAGUGCCUUCACUCCGUUCAACGAUUCGCAAGGCAACGCGCCAGAAGGCAAGCAGACGACCUUUGUGGAGGACCAAGAAGACGAUUCCGAGUUGGAGGCUCGGGCCUGGUCCUCCAUGAAGUCGCCACUGCCCAAGGAGCCUGGCGUCCCAUAUCCUCCGGAUCGAAGCAUCCACGAGUGGCACCUCCAAAGGAUGGCCCCUUUGGCAAUCUUUGGCAGCUAUGUCUCUAAGAGCUUUUACGACAUUGUCCUGAGACGGCCAUGA